AUGCAGGUCGAUGUGGCCGAUGUUCUUCCCCCGCCGCGCUGGACGAUGAGCGUGGCACUCAGUCGCAAACGCUCGCGUCUCGGGGUGGAUGACGACGAGGAAGAGGAACAGCAGCGCAGAGAGCCGUCGCCUGCUUUCAGCGACACGUUGAAGCGCUCGAAGACGCAGUGUGAAUUGGAAGAGCUGGAUGUUAUUGGCGCAAGUGAGGCGUGGGGCGUGGACGUCGAUUCAAUUCUUGCCAGUCGACGCAUCAUGAAGCCGGGUUUUGAGGCGCAUGAUAAUUGGGCGAGGUACAGGCGAGAAGAGUCGAUUGUGGUGCUUUGUGUGCAGGGGAAUGUGUUGGUACAUUAUGAGUUGUUGUGCGCGAUGUUACCGGAUCUUUACAACGUCUCGCCGUUACUGCAAGCUUUCGUCCUCUGCCACGAUCCGGCUACGCACGAGCUUCCUCCAAAGGCGCCGUUUUCGCUGCCCUUGAUACAAGCAGUCGAGCCGUCGAACAACCACUUCGUACGUCUGGGUCUUCUGCAUCCACUGGGCGGAGGAAAGUUCCCGUUGGAUGCGCUGGUUGUGCUGGACCAACACGGACGACGGAGACUAGUUUUGCCGUUUGGCUGGGGCGCUGGCAAACACGCUGGCACGCCAGCUGGUCGGGGCAUACAGACGCGGUUGAUGGAGCUGUUGAGACACUGCGUGGAGACAUUGGAGCGCGAGCGAUGA